GACGAGCCAAUUCGAUGCACAGCCGGCACAAUGAUCACGCGCUUCAUCACCGAGGUGAACACCAAGUUCAACCCCUUCUCCAUUCGCUCGCGGGCCACGAGGCUAUUCCUCAGCGUUCUCCCUCCCAACGCGCGGCAGAACGGCAUGCAGAUAAACACCACUAUCCUACCGCGAACAUCUACUUUACCAGCUACCCUCAAAGUCAAAUUCAAGGAUGGGAAGGAGAUGACCUUGGAUGGCGAGCAGUUGGGUAUCAAGGGCAUAAUCGAAGAAGUCGAUAGACAUUCGCGGGCCUUGCAAAAACAGUCAGACUUAACAGAUGGUUAAUGAAACGAAGUCCUUCUUAUAAUUUAUCCCUCGAGUUAAUAAGCAUUGGCCGGCGUUUUGCUCGGAUUAAUUAUACGGGUAUAUAUCAUUGCACAAGAAUCUGUCACUGCUUUUAUCGUCUAU